CUAAGCUUCCUCUCUCCCCUUGGGCGACAUGGCUGGUGUUGCUGCUGCUGCUGCUGCUGAAGAGCCCCCGAAUCAAUCCGCCAUCUUCCUCUUCAUCAUCAUCAUCAUCAUCAUCGUUCUCGCCCAUCGGCAGCCAUCUUCAUCAAUCGCAACGGCACGGACUGUGUGCUGCGCAAGAGGGUCUUGUGUAGAUGCGCUCCUUCAGGCACCAUGGCGCGCUGCAGCAGCAUCUUGCUCGGCGAGGUUUGCCGUCAUUGGGACAGAGCAGGCCCAGCUUGAAGGCUUUGUGUGCCAGGGGGGAGCUACCUUUUCCUGCCCGCCGCCGCUCCUACGCCAGUCCCAGUAUAAUGUACCCCGCCUUUUCGAGUCGUCUAAACAACACCACCACCACCACCACCACCGCCACGACAUUCACAACAUUCACAACAUCUCUCCCACCCCGUCGGUCCCCCAUACGACCCAAUCAUCUCACCACGGUUCCUGUCCGAUAUUGCUCCCACCGCAGAAACAUGUGCAAACAAUUCGGCCAAGACGGCGUGGGCGCGUCCAUGGACAUUACCCAGGCCCGCGAGGUGCUGCCCACCAAUGUGAAACCCCUCCAUUACAACCUGACGUUGGAGCCAGAAUUCCAAAACUUCACCUACAAAGGUUCCGUGACCAUUGACUUGGAUGUGGUAGAGGAUACCACUUCAAUUACCCUCAAUACCCUCGACCUCGACGUUCACUCUGCAAAGGUCGAGUCCGACGGUCAAACCGUGUCCGCUUCUCCCUCCCUCACCCACGAUGAAUCCGCUCAGACGACCAAAGUCACCUUCGACCAGACCAUCUCUAGUGGCGCAAAAGCCUCUCUCACCAUGACCUUCACCGGCACACUAAACGAUAACAUGGCAGGCUUCUACCGCUCCUCCUUCAAAGCCGCCGACGGCUCCACCACAUGGAUGGCCACCACCCAGAUGGAGCCCACCGAUGCCCGACGCGCAUUCCCCUGCUUCGAUGAGCCCGCGCUCAAGGCAGAGUUCACUGUCACUCUAGUGGCAGACGACAAGAUGACAUGUCUCAGCAACAUGGAUGUAGCAUCGGAGAAGACGGUUGACUCUCAAUUGGGAGCUGGAAAGCGCAAAGCCGUCACAUUCAACAAGUCGCCUCCCAUGUCCACAUACCUGCUGGCUUUCAUCGUAGGCGAGCUCAACUAUAUCGAGACAAGCAACUUCCGCGUGCCGGUGAGAGUCUAUGCUCCCAAGGAUAGGGACAUUGAGCACGGGCGCUUCUCGCUCGAGCUGGCUGCCAGGACACUUGACUUCUACGAAAAGACGUUUGCCAGCCCUUUCCCAUUGCCCAAGAUGGACAUGGUUGCCAUUCCCGACUUCAGUGCUGGCGCCAUGGAGAAUUGGGGUCUCAUCACGUACCGUGUCGUUGAUGUACUCAUCGAUGAGAAGACAAGUGGUGCGUCUGUCAAGCAACGCGUAGCCGAGACUGUGCAACACGAACUCGCCCACCAAUGGUUUGGGAACUUGGUGACCAUGGAUUUUUGGGACGGUUUGUGGCUAAACGAGGGCUUUGCGACUUGGAUGUCCUGGUAUUCGUGCAACGUUUUUUAUCCCGACUGGAAGGUCUGGGAAGGAUACGUCACCGAUACCCUUGCCUCUGCCCUCUCACUCGACUCCCUCCGCAGUAGCCACCCCAUUGAAGUUCCCGUCAAACGCGCCGACGAGAUCAAUCAGAUCUUCGAUGCCAUUUCAUACUCCAAGGGCUCCUGCGUACUGCGUAUGAUUUCCAAGUAUCUCGGAGAAGAAACUUUCAUGGAGGGUAUCCGCAGGUAUCUCAAGAAGCAUGCCUAUGGGAACACGCAAACGGGCGAUCUCUGGGCUGCCUUGAGCGAUGCCAGCGGUAAGGAUGUUGAGAAGGUCAUGGAUAUCUGGACUAAGCAUGUUGGGUUCCCUGUCAUCACUGUCACAGAGAACUCCGAUUCCAUCCACGUGAAGCAAAACCGCUUCCUGAGAACAGCCGAUGUGAAGCCAGAAGAGGAUCAAACACUAUGGCCAGUGUUCCUUGAGCUACGAACCAAAGAUGGCGUUGACAAGGACUUGGCGCUUACUACCCGUGAAUCUGACUUCAAGCUCAAGGAUACUGACUUUUUCAAACUCAACGCCGACCAUUCGGGUAUCUACCGAACAUCAUAUACCCCAGAGCGAUUAGCGAAGCUAGGAGAAGCCGCUCGAGCCGGCUUGCUCUCGGUAGAGGAUAGGGCAGGUAUGAUCGCUGACGCUGGAGCUCUGGCUUCUUCGGGUUACCAGAAAACCUCCGGAAUUCUGGCACUUCUUGACAGCUUCAAGAGCGAACAAGAAUUCGUAGUGUGGCAGGAAAUCAUCAGCCGCAUCAGUGUGCUGCGUUCUGCCUGGACGUUUGAGGAUCAAGCGGUCCAGGAUGCACUGAAGAAAUUCGCCCUCGAAUUAACACAGGACAAAGCACACGAGCUUGGAUGGUCAUUUUCCGAGAAAGAUGGGCACAUUGAGCAACAGUUCAAAGCAAUGAUGUUUGGUACUGCUGGUGUUACGAAAGACGAGGCCAUCGUGAAGGCUUCGUUUGACAUGUUCAACAAGUUCAAGGCUGGUGAUAGCGAGGCUAUUCACCCCAACCUUCGCGGCAGUGUUUAUGCCAUUGUCUUGUCCAAUGGCGGCAAAGAAGAGUACGAUGUUGUUCUCGAACAAGCAAUUCACGCAAAGACGAGCGAUGAGCGUAACACUGCAAUGCGUUCAUUGGGCCGCGCUAAAUCGCCAGAACUCAUUCAACGCACCCUUGCACUCAGCAUGAGCGAAGACGUCAAGGCUCAGGAUAUAUACCUGCCCAUCUCUGCAUUGCGCACCCACACCGAAGGAAUCAACGCACUGUGGAACUGGGUGAAGGAGAAUUGGUCUACACUCGAGAAGAAGCUUCCUCCUAGUCUGAGCAUGCUGAGUUCUGUCGUUUCGAUCACAACCUCCAGCUUCACCAGACGUGAACAUAUCAAAGACAUCGAGGCCUUCUUCGCUGACAAAAGCACCAAAGGUUUCGACAAAGCCCUGGCCCAGAGUCUGGACGCCAUCAGCGCAAAAGCAGCAUGGAUUGAACGUGAUUCGGACGAUGUGAAGGCAUGGCUCAAGGAGCACAAGUAUCUAUAG